AUGGAGGAGCAGCCGCCGCCGCCGCCGGUCCGCCCGCCAGUGAGCACGGCCUUAUCGGGCAGCCCACACUCCGGCGCCCCCUCCCCGGCCGGCACGCCUGGCGGGACCUCCUCCGCGGCGACUGCGGCGGCCGUGCUUUCCUUCAGCACCGCGGCCGCCGCGGCGCUGGGGAACCGGAGCGACGUGAGCGGGGCCGACAGCACUGGCGCCGCGGCUGGCGGACCCGAGGCGGCGCCGCUGCUGUCGCACGGGGCGGCGGUGGCGGCCCAGGCGCUGGUCCUCCUGCUCAUCUUCCUGCUGUCUAGCCUGGGCAACUGCGCCGUGAUGGGGGCCAUCGUGAAGCACCGGCAGCUCCGCACUGUCACCAACGCCUUCAUCCUGUCCCUGUCCCUGUCAGAUCUGCUCACGGCGCUGCUCUGCCUGCCCGCCGCCUUCCUGGACCUCUUCACGCCGCCGGGGGGCUCGGCGCCUGCCGCCGCCGCCGCCUCGGGGCCCUGGAGCGGCUUCUGCGCGGCCAGCCGCUUCUUCAGCUCGUGCUUCGGCAUCGUGUCCACGCUCAGCAUGGCCCUCAUCUCCCUGGACCGCUACUGCGCCAUCGUGCGGCCGCCGCGGGAGAAGAUCGGGCGGCGCCGCGCGCUACAGCUGCUGGCGGGCGCCUGGCUGGCGGCCCUGGGUUUCUCCAUGCCCUGGGAGCUGCUCCUCGCGCCCGGGGAGGCCCCGGCGGCGGCGCAGAGCUUCCACCGCUGCCUGUACCGGACGUCUCCGGACCCCGCGCAGCUGGGCGCGGCCUACAGCGUGGGGUUGGUGGUGACCUGUUACCUGCUGCCCUUCCUACUCAUGUGCUUCUGCCAUUACCACAUCUGCAAGACCGUGCGCCUGUCGGACGUGCGCGUGCGGCCUCUGACCACCUACGCGCGCGUGCUGCGCUUCUUCAGCGACGUGCGCACGGCCACCACCGUGCUCAUCAUGAUCGUCUCCGUCAUCUGCUGCUGGGGGCCCUACUGCUUCUUGGUGCUGCUGGCCGCCGCCCGGCGGGCCCAGGCCGCGCAGUCUCCCUCUCUCCUCAACGUGGUGGCCGUCUGGCUGACCUGGGCCAACGGGGCCAUCAACCCUGUCAUCUAUGCCGUUCGCAACCCCAACAUUUCCAUGCUUCUAGGGCGCAACCGGGAAGAGGGUUACAGGACUAGGAACGUGGACGCUCUCCUGCCCAACCAGGGCCUGGCUCUGCAGGCUGGAAGCCUCAAUCCCCUACGAAACCGCUAUACCAACCGCCUGGGGGCCUGCAGCACGAUAUCCUCUUCCAACCCAACCAGCGGGGUGGCAGGGGAUAUGGCCAUGUGGGCUCGCAAAAAUCCAGUUGUGCUUUUCUGUCGGGAGGGACCACCAGAUCCUGUGACAGCAGCGGCUAAACAAUCUGGAGCCGGGGAUACCAGCCUCUAAGGAGGGCUGGGAUGCACAGUUUAUGAAGGCAGAUUUCCACCCACUUCUAUUGACUAUCGGGGAGAAUCGUGCAUUUCAUAAAGCCAAGCGUUUAAAAAAGAGACAGGGGAAGGCUUACCCCUUCCCUCCAAACAACAUAACAAGACAAUGUCCUUUCCUUCAGAAGUGCCAAAAGGAAUGUAAAAUGCAAAAAUUAAAACGAUCUUACACCACACAACCAAGCAUUGUGAACUGUCAGUGCCCAAAAUGACAAAAAUAAAAUUCACAAUUACUGAAAAGCUCAUAUUACAGGAAUCACACUGUGAAACAAACCAAAAAACUCAUUGAAUGAGACUGGUAUUUGUUCAUAUACAGAGUUCCGGGAAAGAAUGAAGACCUUAAGAACUGCUUGAAGGCCCCUCUAAAUCACCAGCAUUCAAGGGAACUUCAGAUUUCUAGAACCUGCACCUCUGACACAUGCCUAGGGUGCUUAGGAGUAGAAAUGUUUAUCUGGCUUUACAACUUUGGUGCAUUUCCUUCCCACUCCCACCCCAUAAUCUUUGUGGGAAAUUUUAAAUUCAUAUCCCGUUUAAAACCAUUUUAGGAUUUUGAAGGUGGUUUAUUACUAUAAAAUUCAACCCUUUGAGGGGCGAACAGAAGUGUGAACAUAAAUGUGGAUAAUUUUUAAAGUAUUUUGAGAUUAUAUUUACAAAUUAGUGUGCCACAUCAACCACCACCCCACCCCCCCCAAAUAUUUGCCUUGGAAGUUUUGAGACUUUCACCUUACUCUAACCUGCUACUUUUGUUUCUAAUGAUUUAGAGGUGCCACUCUCAGAAAUCUUUCACAUUCUUAAAUGAUUUUCAUGGUAGAAAGUCUUUGCAUUUGAAGUAAAUUUGAUUUUUGGAUGCAGCCAAAAAUGUAAUUUGAAAUCAAGUUGAUUGAAUCAUGUGAAUAAUGCAUAUAUACAUAAUAGGAGAACUCUAUGAAGUAAUCGACUUGGCUAUCCUAUGUAGCUUUCAACUAAUCGAAAAUGAUUCAAAAGAGGAAUUCAAAAAAUAUAUUGAGAAGUGGAUGCAUUCUUGGAAUGAGCAUAAGGCUCUCCAAGAAGAUCGUGUUCUCCUACAUUUGGAAGUUUGGAUCCCUGAAAAGAACCACUGAGGAAGAGAAGUUGUGGUACUGUCAUCAUCACCAGCACCAUGAUCAUCACCACCAUCUACUGGUUUUAUUUUGUAUGUCAUGUGGAACAACUUCCUGGAGUGCUGAGGAUACUAAAGGGCAAUACAGCACUUGGCCUGGGGACUUCACAGGCUGUUGUGACAACCCGAUGUGAUGUGAUGUGAAAGGGCUCUGAAAGGAUCAAGUGCUUCCAUGAAAAAUAAGGAAAACAACUGGACAUGAAAAUGGUGGACUCCCCAAAGCUGAAGCAUUCUUCUCCAAACAGGAAGCUGAUUGAGGUUGUCUGGGAGACUCUCUAUUAGGCAAAUAUCACUCCUCCUCUCCAUUGAAGGGAGCGACUCGUGGGCUCAACGGUGCUCGCGCUUGGAGGGGGCUUUGGAUGAACAACUGUAUCAACUACAUCCGUAAAAGGCGGAAGAGGCCCUCUAGUCACAAUGCCCAAGAGGAGACACAAGCAUGGGCAACCAUCUGGGGAGGUGAACGCUGCCUGCUUGGUAUUUAAUUCAGAAUCCUGUCCCAGAAAUGGCCCUUUAGCCGCACUAUGGAAAGUGACUACUAACAGGACCUUUUCACAACUUAAAAAUGGGGACGAGAGAGGGCCAGUGUUCAUUAGCUGGGUUUGCUGGCUCAUGUCCAACUAGUGGAGGGGCUGAAAGGGAGGAUACUGCUCUGGGAGGAAGUGUGGCUGCCACACCCAGGGUUUGUCCCAACAUGGACAAUGCUCCCAACGUGGAGCCAUUGCUCCCACUCCCCUCGAGGGCCCCUUAGACUUGAAGUGCUGUAUGCUCUGUCAUAACAAUUAUUAAAAUUUGGGAGGGCAAAUUUUAUCAUCUCAGCAUUAAACACCUUCGGGGCAGGAUUACCUACUGAGCAUGAGAACCAUAAGAGAAGAAAAAUUUUACCUCUUAGCUGUGGUUCCACUGACUCCCCCAAUCCUGCUAUAAUGGAACAAUGCAUCCCAUCUUGCAUAAUGUUUGAUUAUGCAGCCAACACACCUGCUGACUCUAGCACUGACAAGAGUGAUGCUCUUUGAAAAAGAGGACUAAUGAGGUUUAGGCUGCACAUUUUUAUUUCAAAUACUUGGUCCCAAUCCCUAGUCUUUUUAUAUCAAUAAACCCACUAGAGAUAGAACCCACUGGGACAGAGCUACACAGAGUUGGGCUCUGUUACUGAAUUUGAUAACACAUUUAAAAUGCUUGCUUUCUCUGUCUCUUACUUUCUCUCUUCUGCGUCCUCCAAAGUCAGAGUUUGCAGAGAAGGGUUCAAGUCACUAAACUCCUUGGAUUUUACCAGCCUUGGAGUACCAGUGGUGAGACUGCCUUUCUGCUCAAUGGACAAAAUGUGAUAUGAGGAAAGGAAAUGCUUCAGCAUCUUGUGGACUAGCUUUUCAACACAUUGACUAUCGGGGCGAGUGCUAGUGUAUGCCACUGGUGUGAAUGCGUCACUUGGAUAGGGAAAAGGAAGUCCGUGUGCCAGCAUAAUGCAAGAGUAGUGGCCAGGAGUAUGACUGUUUUCUCAAAGCAUCCAACUUUAACUUGCUAAUUUUGAAGGAGGAGAAAAGUUCCAACCAUUCUGUGAGUUGUUGUCAUGGUGAUGGGCAUGACCCCCAAGUUACUUGAUGCUAAGUGUUGAUAUCAAAGACAUAUUGAGAGAUUCAUCAAUAGCUGGCCUGUUAACAUUUCAUAACAUGAACAUCUACAAUGGUCAA